AGUGAGAUUCGUGUUUCAUGGUCGAUCGAGCGGUUGUGUGGUGGGUCUUGCACGAACGAACGAGAGAAUUGUUGAAUAGCGUCGUUGGAAUUACAAUUUCUCGUCGAGAGCGCGGCAUAUUUAUGUGUCACCGAGGCUGCCGGCGGACACGAAGCCUUUAAUUAAUCACACGGACGCAGCACAGGAAAAUCGAGUAUGAGGCGCAAGAGUGAAAGAAAUAAAGCAAAGGGAUCUCCAGAGAAGAAAAUCGAGAAGCCAACAAGAAAGUCAAUGCGUAGACGUAAGAAAUCGCCUUCCACUUCGCCUUCUGAGCAAGAUGCUUUUGUUGAAGAAGUGGCUAAAAGCACCACUCAACUCAAAGAAAUUGAAAAGGAAACAAGUGUACAGACGCGCUUACAAAGUAAAGAAUUGGAACAGAUACCACAUGGGCGAGAAGAAAAGGUCUCAUCUAGUGAAAGGGACACGAAGGUGGAUUCACCAGAAAAUGAGGAGGAUAAUGGUGGCUCUGUAUGGAAAGUAGCGAGGGCGGAUGCAUCACCUGGCGAGAUACAGAAGUUGAAGCUAUGUAGGCAACGCAACACAUCAGAAGCAUCAUCAGAUACAGCAUCUUCGAGUAGGAAAAGUGUUAAGUCAAGUAGCAAGUGGCAAGAAAGUGGUGAGGGCGUUGCAGAGGAGGCUGACUCGGCAGACGAGCAACUGGUUUCUUGUACAAGAACGCUCAGUAGCGCUGAACAGCCGAACGAUCCCUCCUCUUCAUACCCAGGUCAGGACUCCAACGAAGAGGUAAGUGAUAGCAAGGAGAUCCUGCCUGAAACCACUUCAGCCAACUUGUUGUCUGACGAUAAACCAAACAUAGAUCAGCAUGGUGAAUCAAAUGAGGCAAAUUGCGCUGCCCAAAUCGUUGAUAAUGAACCUGGUAAGCCGGGUAGCACGACAACCGCGCUGACUCCUAGCGCAGACAGCGAUUAUCUUUCCGAGAAGCCCGCUGCCAAUGUCACCGUUCAGGAAGAGAAGUCUGUGGAAGAUGUCAGCGAAAAAUCAACAGAAAUAUUUAACCAAGAGACUAAUAUAGAAGAAAAUGCUCAUAAAGACACUAGUAGUGAGGAUGAGGAAAAUGAUAAAGCGAAAACGCAUCGUCCGGUGGACUCGUCGUCCGAUUCUAACGAUGAGUCGCGCCCUAAAAGAAGUAGAAGUAGCGACCGAACGUCGCCACGUGCGAUUCGUAGAAAACAUCGAAACAAAUAUAGAGAUUCGUCAAAUUCUGAGACACCCGAUUCUGAAGAUGAAACUGUUGACAGUAAAGUCACAAAACCUUACGUCGAGGAGGAGGAAGAAGAGGAAGAGGAUGAGAAACCAAGUACAGAGUAUUCACAAGGAAAUGAUAAAGAACGAUCGGUUUCGCCAGAAAGAACAAAUUCUCAAUCAAACAAUGUAGAAAAAAUGGAAAUUGAGCAGUGUGAAACUGUGCAGGAUAAAUCAGAAGAAAAUACAAUUGAAAAAUUAGAGCAAAUUGCACCAACCGGCACUCAGACGGUCGCUCACAAGCCUGUGAAAGUCAACUUGAAGAGAUCAUUUUCGGCAAGGAUAUUAUCUGAAAAAAACGAAGUGAAAAAAGACGAUGCUGAUGCAAGCGUCGACAAUGAGUCUAAUAGUCAAAAUAAGGAAAACGGCAGCGAACAAGAACCGAAAUGUAUGCCGAGGAAACGUCGAUGGGGAACUGCGCUUUCUACAGAUACCGCACCCUCGUUUUCUAUCUCGACUGAUUCACUCAAGGCAUUGGUACCGGGUGCAAAACCAUUAUCUAUCAACGAGGUUCGUCUCUCGAAGGAUGAUGACGAGGAUAAAGAUCGUCAUAGAAAUAACGAUAAACGGCACAAUUCCAGUGACAGUACAAAUGAUAAUAAAAUAACAGAUGAAAACUUACAGAAGAAUGGCACUGCUAAAAAGGGCAAUGGAAAAGCGGAUAAUCACAUUGCAGCGAGGCGGAAGAUAUCGAUCGUGAAAGAAAUGCCGCACGUGAAAUCACCGAGUCCGCCUACGUCCAAGCCUACCAAUAUUCUCCUGAUCAAGAAUCUAGUUCGCCCUUUUACAUUAAAUCAGAUCAAGGAACUUCUUUCACGUACCGGCACCAUCGUGGAAAAUGGAUUCUGGAUGGAUCGAAUUAAGUCUAAAUGCAUUGUUGAGUAUUCUAACGAGGAUCAAGCUUUUGAGACGAGGCAAGCACUUCACGGAAUCUCGUGGCCUAUGUCUAAUCCGAAGAAGCUUCAUGUGGAGUACGCCACAAAGGAGGACAUGGAGGCUGCACGAGAAUCAUCCAAGGAACAACCAGUCGCUCGCAAAGCCGAGCCACUCUCGACUGAUCCAUGGCAGCAAGAUUGGAGUCGCGAUGAAAAAAUCAACACAACUAAGGUGACUGUAGUGAGAGAAUGGGAUUUAGGAAAAGAGGAUGGCCAACAGCACAUUAGGGAGAAGGAACGUGAGAAAAAGGAACACGACAAAAAGCGACGAGCGAGGAGUCGAACUCCCACAUUAGACGCGCAUUUAUCGGCACCGGCUCGUAAAUUUAAGAAGAAGGAGGAUGAUCCACCGCCAGCCAAGCUCUUAGAUGAUCUAUUCAGAAAGACGAAGGCGACACCUUGCAUAUACUGGCUGCCGCUUACAAAUGAGCAAAUAGUCGUCAAAGAGGAAAUGCGACGGCAACACAUGGCCGAACAUGCGCGCAGAUUAGAAGAGAUGAGACGUGCUGACAGAAACAGGGAUGGCCGGCGUCGACGUAGUCCAAGAAAAUAAAAAAAUCAAGUAUCGGAAACGAUACAUCUACCUUUUCCUUGACCCGAUUUGAACCUAAACUUGAUGCAGCUUUAAUCAAUUCAUUCUAUCUCCUCAAUCAAUCUUGUAAUUCUAAAUCCUAUUGUUUUUUACUACUGUAUGUUAUUCAGAUAUUUUACUUAUUCAGAUUUUUUUUUUUUUUUCUUUUCUUUUUUUUCUUUCUUUUAUCAAGAACAUCCAAAAUGAUAAAUUAAUAUUUCAACGUUCGUAACAUUUAUUUUCUAAUAAGAGUGAGAACAUCAAUUUUGAGCAUUUGUUUCGUGAUAGUUCCCUUUGUGUUUUUCUCUCCUGUUUCUAUUUUAUUUUUUCAUAUUUUUCCUUUCUCAAUUUGAUUUUAAGUCUCUUAUAAAUGAUACCAUUUGAUGCAUGAUUAUCAAGAAUCCAUCCAAUUCCUUUCCUCAUGUAUCAGAAUUAAACCAUACUUCUUACAGGUCAACAUUUAUCUAUCCACAGAGCCAAUAAUUAAAUCAGACAUGGUGUAGUGAUACUGUGUAUUGCAUCGACCACGGCAGGUGAUAUUGAGUUACAAUCUCUACGUCAUGUUAAAACCAUAUGUGAGAGAUACAUCUGCUCGCAGUAUUCAUAUGAUACAUUUUACAACGUGGGAAGCUCUUUGAAGAAAAUAGACGAGACACAUGUCGAAUGUGGAAUAGACUUGACAUUCAUGAUUGAAUAAUUUUCGUUUCUUCGUUCUUUUUUCUUGUUUCUUUUUGUUUAUAAAUGGAACAUUGACAAGUACAUUUGAAUGGAUAUGACGCAUUCUGGUUGGGAAAUACUGCCGCUCGAACUAUAGAAGAAUAUUGUUGUGAACAUAUUGUCUCGAACAUCGUUUGAUGGACGAAAAAGAAACUAUCUCUGCAUUAAGUAUUCUUCUCCAUGAUCUAUUUCGAUUGCGAGCUGAACAACUACCAUUCAAUUUUGGUAGUGGCUACACUUGGAAACAUCGCGUCAGUGUUUUAAUUGUGCGAUAGACUAGCGCAGAACGAAGACAUAUAUGUAAAUAUAAUCGAUAUUCCAUAGUGUGACACAUGUAAAAUUAUUAAUAAAUCUUAAACAAAAAAGAGAAUACACACUACUAGGAUAUAUAGAAAUACAUUUAUCGUUUACUUUUUACAAUAUACCUAUCAGAAACUUUGUUAUUCAUCUGUAGACGAAAAAUUGAGAAGAACGUGAACAAGUAAAUACAUUUAUGCUUGAAACAAAGAA